AUAACUUUCUCUGUCACCAUGUGGGGAAAAACUAAGAUGGCAUUCCACUAAACCAGGACCAGAGACAAGAGCAAACAGAGACAAAGGAAGCAAGACAAAAUCAGAUCUUCUUCUAAAUCUUCCAUCAUUUAGAAAAGGAAUAACUCUUUUUGACAGCACUGUGCAUGAUCGUUUGUACAAGAAAAUAGUAAAAGUAUCAAAGAAAGAACUUCCCACUCUUCCUUGUGAAAUUCUUCCCUUUGACUCUGACCCUUGACCUUAGCCCUCAGUAUGAGCGGUCUGGCAGGGAAACUAGACCCUCGGAGGGUACAAUGGGCCUCGACAUGGAACACCUUUGCGUCCCGUGUCCUGAGGACCAAACCUGUGGAGUCCAUGUUGGAUUCGGCCAUGACAGGUACCAGCUCACAUGGGACGAGGCUGGCCCGGGUGUUAUCUACAGUGGACCUGGUGUCGCUGGGUGUGGGCAGCUGUGUCGGGACUGGGAUGUAUGUGGUCUCGGGGCUGGUCGCCAAGGAGAUGGCUGGUCCGGGGGUCAUUGUGUCCUUCAUAAUCGCCGCUGUGGCCUCCAUACUGUCAGGAGUGUGUUAUGCAGAGUUUGGCGUGCGGGUGCCUAAGACCACAGGUUCAGCCUACACAUACAGCUAUGUGACUGUGGGCGAGUGCGUGGCGUUUUUCAUCGGCUGGAACUUAAUUCUGGAGUAUCUGAUUGGGACGGCGGCGGGGGCGUCGGCUCUCAGCAGCAUGGCAGACUCGCUGGCCAAUCACAGCAUCAGUAACUUUAUGAUUGCACACAUCGGAACGCUCAAUGGCUUGGGUAAAGGGGAGCAGUCGUACCCAGACCUGCUGGCACUGUUGAUAGCGCUCCUGGUGACAGUGAUAGUUGCUUUGGGAGUGAAGAACUCUGUGGGCUUCAACAACGUGCUGAACGUCAUCAACCUCAUAGUGUGGGUGUUCAUGAUGAUCGCCGGGCUGUUUUUCGUCAACGGAGAGAACUGGGACGAGGGGAGGUUCCUGCCCUUUGGCUGGUCAGGGGUGAUGCAAGGAGCAGCCACUUGUUUCUAUGCCUUCAUUGGAUUUGACAUCAUUGCUACAACAGGAGAGGAGGCCAAGAGUCCCAACACUUCCAUCCCCUAUGCCAUCACUGCCUCACUUAUCACCUGCCUCACUGCAUAUGUCUCUGUUUCUGUGAUCCUGACCCUGAUGGUACCAUACAAUGAGAUUGACGCAGACGCCCCGCUGAUGGAGAUGUUUGCAAUGCAUGGAUGUAUGUUCGCAAAGUAUAUUGUGGCGGUGGGCUCCAUAGCUGGGCUCACUGUAUCCCUCCUGGGGUCCCUGUUCCCCAUGCCCAGGGUCAUCUAUGCCAUGGCAGGGGAUGGCCUGCUGUUUAAGUUCCUGGCCAACGUGUCUUCCUACACAGAGACCCCUGCUGUUGCCUGCGUGGUGUCGGGCUUUCUGGCUGCCCUGCUGUCCCUCCUGGUCAGCCUGAGAGACCUCAUAGAGAUGAUGUCCAUAGGAACCCUACUGGCCUACACCCUGGUAAGCCUGUGUGUACUUCUGUUGCGUUACCAACCUGAGGGCGACAUCCACGGCUUUGUGAACUUCCUCUCUGAGGAGCAGAGCAACAAGAGAAAGGAAGGUGUUCUGGCUGAGUGCGAAAAAGAGGCCUGUUCACCAACCAGCGAAGCGGAUGAGUAUGGAGGUCAGCCCACUAACACCUGUGGAGCCAAAAACCUGCCGUCAUUGGGUGACAAUGAGAUGCUCAUUGGCAAACCAGAUAAAAACGCCUACACUGCCAGCCACCCAAACUAUGGCACAGUGGAUAUGACCACUGGCAUUGAAGCAGAAGAGUCAGAGGGCGGAAUGUCCCGACGGUUGAAGAAGAUCAUUGGCCCACGUUAUUACACCUUGAGGAUCCGAUUGGGCCUCCCGGGAAAGAUGGACAGGCCAACUCCGGCCACGGGAAAAACUGUUACAGUGUGUGUGCUGCUCCUCUUCAUCAUCAACUUCGUUUUCUGCUCCUUCAUCAUUUUUGGAUCGAGCAGUAUUGGGGAGGGUCGCUGGUGGGCUUUGAUGCUAUUAAUCUUCUUCAUCAUCUUCAUUGCCCUGCUUAUCAUCAUUAUCCUCCAGCAACCAGAGAACCCUAAACGACUUCCUUACAUGGCACCCUGUGUGCCCUUUGUACCUGCUUCAGCCAUGCUGGUCAACAUCUACCUCAUGCUUAAACUGUCUGCCAUCACCUGGAUACGAUUUUCAAUCUGGUGCUUUGUGGGUGUGCUCAUCUACUUUGGCUAUGGCAUGUGGAAUAGUACGCUGGAAAUUACGGCCAGAGAGAACGAGGUGCACGCUUCCACCUACCAGCGCUAUGAUCAAGGUGUAGACGAAGGCUUCUGCGGCUUCGAUGACGAUUUCUAUCCACCUACCACUGAUUCCUGGGCUGCGCCAGGUGGGGGGUCAGGGCUCACCCCGCCCCCUGCAGCAAAACCGGAAAGUGACGGGACGCCAUCGAAAGUUGGAGGCAGGACCGUUGCCAAUCACGGUCUUGCGGAGGAGGAUCCGAUGGAUUUCUGAAGGGACUGACCCUGUGUUACCCUGAAUGUACUGCCUUGUCUGCUGCCUGGGGAAAGGGAAGGGAACAGUAGCGUGAAUGCAUGAGUGAUUGUGUGUGUGCGUGCGUGUGUGCAUGCCUGCAUGUGUGUGUGUGUAAUUGUUUGUGUGUGUAACCCUUGGGCUAGAUAGUUUCUUGGCAGUGGAACAGCUUUUCAUUCACCUUACUCGACCACACUUGGCUCUCCAGCUCACACAGCAAAUGUGGACGUCAAGGUCAUGAGUGUCUUGUCACAGUCACUUGUUAUUCACUUACCGGAGUCCACUUCCCACACAAGGGAAGGGUAGAUAGGAAAGAGCGGAUGUAGCGAAAGAUAAAAUUGAAUGUGUCUCACUGUACUGUGAAUAAUGACACAUUCUUCACUGAGCAAUCAGUUAGCUGUUUAUAUGUACGGAUUUAAGGGAUACAGGAGAUGGUAAGGUGAUGAGUGAGGGACAGAUGAUUCAGCACCUCUCUUCCUGUUUCAACAUAGACAGACAGGAAAGUUAGAUGACAGCAUGCCAAGCCCAAGCUAUUUCCUAUGUUUAGGUAUGACUUUCUCUGCUCGUUUUACAGGAAAACAGCUACAAAUGCUCUCAAAAACACACAAAAAAAUUAAAAGUGCUUUCUUUCUGUCUAAAUAUUUCCCCUGACCACUAACAUCUAGCCCAAGGGAUUCAGGACAGGACUGGGAAGAAGGUGUUGAUGUUGUCUGUCACAAAUAGUACUUGGACUUUGCUUGCAAUAGUGCCUUCAUCUACUGUAUGUGUAUGUGAGUUUCUUAUUAUGUCUGUUUUCUACUUUAAUUUUGCUUGUGUACUGUAUGUGUGAGGGUGUAUGUGCAAUCAAACGCCACCUUUUACAUUGAUUUUCAUGUCUGUGUGUGUCGAUAUAAAGUGUGUUCUUUGGGUUGUUUUACUCUGUGUGUGUGUGUGUGUGUGUGUGUGAAUGAGUAGGUAUUUGUUUCAUUUUGUUCUUCCCACUCCUUGCCCCAGCAUGAAGCUCAAAAUCAAUCCACCCGCAACAAAGCAGUUCAUGGUGCAAUAUAACACAUGCUUGUCAGCUCAUCGGUGUACCUAAAACGAGUUGAGAGUGUAAUAGAGAGAGAGAGAACAGGUUGAAUCCUAAUUGUCAACCUGCAUGGCUUUAUUGUGAUGAAUAUCAUAAUGUCUGUUCAGUCUUGUCUGUGUGCUCGUCUCUCCAUCGAUGCAGUUCUUGCUGUACACCAGGGUCGGGAAGGUAUACGUUUUCAGUUCAUUCAAUUCAGGAAAUUGAUUUUCCUCAUAGUUUGUAUCAUUUCUCCUUGAAGAGAAAAAACUAAAUUAGAGACUGUAAAAAAGUUGUUAUGGAGAGAGGGGGGUCAGGAAGGGGUAUGGUUGUUUUUUUCUUUUUCUGAAUGGAGGGUAUUUUAAC